UCCUCGCCCUCCUCCUCCUCCUCCUCAGCCGCUCCUGCUGCAGCAGAGCCCGGUGUCUCCAUGAAGAAAGCCCCCCUGCACGGCACCUCCCCCGCCGCGAUGGGCCGCCAGCUAUUAACUGCGUUGAUGUGUUGAUAUCGAGAUAUUUCAGUUAUCAAAUAUGAAUCAUGCAUUUGAUAUUUCUGGCCACUUUGCUCGUCAGCGUCCUCUCGCCUUGGCUUCAUCCAUCACUAGCUUCAUCCGUUUCUCAAGGAGUAGAGGACAAGGUUGAGAGGGACGCAGUGCCAGUACUGCUGAAGCAACAGGCGACUGCAGCACCGGCUACAGACAACACAACACACCAUGCAGUAGAGCAUGUGAUCACCUACCCCUCGCGGUUAAUCUACUACCUGAACGAGGACUCGGAGAGCACCUACCAUGACCUGAACACCCAGGCCAAGAACCAACCCACAGAGGGCCAGGCAAUCCACCUCGCCCAAGCCAGUUUCCAGUUAGAGGCCUUUGGCUCCAGAUUUGUUCUGGAUCUAACGCUGAACAAUGACUUGCUGUCUUCAGAUUAUGUUGAGAUCCACUAUGAAGGAGGGAAACCUGUUCUGUCGAAGGGCGGUGAGCACUGUUACUACCACGGCCAGGUGAGAGGGAACGAUAACUCCCAUGUGGCCUUAUCUACCUGCAACGGGUUGCACGGGAUGUUUGACGAUGGAGUCCAUGUGUAUCUAAUUGAGCCCUUACAACAGACCCAUUCAAUUGAUACAGCUGCAAGGCCUCACAAACUAAGAAGAACAGCUUCCCUUCCCUGGAACAAUGAUUCAGAGGAACAGGUGGAGGAGGAGGAGGAGCAGCUCUUCUCCGAGCUGGAUGAAUUAUCCUGGCUGAAGCGCAGGAAAAAGCGAGCAAUGCCUCGCAGUGUGUUUGAGGAGAUGAAGUAUUUGGAAGUCAUGAUAGUCAGCGACCACAGUAUGUUUAAACGACACAAGAACAAGCAGCACACGAAGAAUUUUGCCAAGUCAGUAGUGAAUCUUGUGGAUGGUAUCUUCAAAGACCAGUUACAUACACGCGUGGUGCUUGUUGCUGUGGAGAUCUGGACGGACAAGGAUCACAUCCCCAUAAGUGUGAGGCCGCUGGAAAUGCUGCGAGAUUUCGCCAAGUACAGGCAGCAAAGCAUCAAGCACCCCGCCGAUUCCGUGCAGCUCCUCUCAAAUGUGACCUUCCACUACCGCAGAAGCAGCACCGCGUACUUUGGAGGCAUGUGUUCAGUGAGCCGUGGAGUCGGGGUCAAUGAGUACGGCACCACCUGGUCCAUGGUGGGGUCUCUAUCCCAGAGCCUGGCACAGAACCUGGGCAUCCAGUGGGACCCGGCAUCCAAGAGAAAGGAAUGUGGUUGUGCUAACCUGUGGGCUGGCUGCAUAAUGGAGGACACUGGAGUGCAACACCCACAGAGAUUCUCCAAAUGCAGCAUCACAGACUACAAGGAGUUCCUCUUGAAAGGUGGAGGCUCGUGUCUGUUUAACAGACCAACCAAGCUGUUUGAGGUGGCAGAUUGCGGGAACGGAUUUGUAGAAGUGGGAGAGGAGUGCGACUGUGGAACGAGAACGGAUUGCACCAGAGAAUGCUGUAAGAAGUGUUCCCUCGCCAACGGGGCCCACUGCAGUGAUGGGCCGUGCUGCAACACCACAUGUCUGUUCUACCCUCGAGGCUACAGUUGUCGCUAUGCUGUGAAUGACUGUGAUAUCUCAGAGACCUGCUCUGGAGACUCUGGACAGUGCCCUCCCAACCUUCAUAAGCAGGAUGGUUACCUCUGCCAGGUCAACCAGGGACGCUGCUACAACGGAGAGUGCAAGACCAGAGAGAACCAGUGCAAAUACAUCUGGGGCUCCAAGGCUGGAGGUUCGGAGAAGUUCUGCUACGAGAAGCUGAACACGGAGGGCACAGAGAAAGGCAACUGUGGGAAGGAUGGAGACAAAUGGGUCCAGUGUAGCAAACACGACGUGUUCUGUGGUUACCUUUUGUGUACCAACGUUGGCCGAGUCCCACGCAUCGGAAUGAUGAAGGGAGAAGUUAACCCCACCUCCUUCAAUCACCAAGGCAACGUGAUACAGUGCACUGGUGCCCAUGUCCUUUUGGAUGAUGACACUGAUUUAGGCUACGUGGAGGACGGGACCCCCUGUGGGCCGUCAAUGAUGUGCCUUGACCGCAAGUGUCUGCCCAUCCAGUCACUCAACAUGAGCACCUGCCCCAGCGGACCUAAUGGACAGGUGUGCUCUGCCCAUGGGGUGUGCAACAAUGAAGCCACAUGCACCUGUGACACCACCUGGGCGGGGACAGACUGUAGCAUGCCUGACCCGCCUAAAGAGCCUGAAGUCACUAAGGAUGAAGAACCCAAGGGUCCUAGUGCCACCAAUCUAAUAAUAGGCUCCAUCGCCGGAGCCAUCCUUGUGGCUGCCAUAGUGCUGGGGGGGACUGGAUGGGGCUUUAAAAAUGUGAAGAAACGGCGAUACGACCCCAACGCCACAGCCAUUUAACCCAAGGAGAGAUGGCAAUCACAGACGGACUCCUCCAAGGCUUCCUUAGUUGGCUACCUGACAGCUGGACUGCACUUAUUGCUGCUGAUCUUUGGCAUUAGAUUUACUUGAAAAAGACAUAGUGGACAUUUUAACAAAUUCCAUCGUAGUGACAUUAUAAAUGCAGCCUUCUCAACUCCACCUCACCCAUGUAACAACUGAACCCCCCCCGACCUCUUUCCCCGCCUCCCUCACUCCCACGCCCCUCCACCCUGAUCUCUAGAGUGACAGAGCUCCUCUUCCAUCCUUUAGUGCCAGUGCACAGGCGUUCAGGCGGAAUCCACACCACUCUCUCACCUGGCAUGAUUAUCCACACAAAGCGUGCUGCUUGCUGGCCUCCUGGCAUGAAGAGCCCUCUUUACAGGGCUCUGCAUGGCUACCAAAGCUAUGAAUAUACCGCAAAAAAACAAAAAAAAAACAAUAAAAAAAAAAAACAUACAAAGAGAAAAAAAAAUAUUCCAGUGCAGGAGAAAGCCUCGUUAAAAACCGAAACCCGGUGGAAGGCCUGUUUAAAGCUCCUGUAGUUCAUGUUUAGGUGCUGCAGAAGAUAAAGGAGGCUGCAUGUGAGGUCCCAUAAGGGCAGUGCAGACCACAUAGUGAAUGCACACACACAACUACAACUACUGUACAUAAAUAAGGAGUUCAGGUUUGGAAUUGACAGCAUAUUUUACAAGGACAUCAAUUGCUUUUGUUUUUUUAUCUCAGCAUGUUGUAUAGCGGGUGUUUUUGGCAAUGUUAUUGAAGAAGGAAAAAAGAAAAGAAGAAGACCGCGAUUAUGAUUUGGGCUGAAAAUUGAAGUCAAAAGUGGACAAAGCAACUGUGGUGUCGAGGAGAAGCGUGUCAGUUCUAGAGAGAUUCAGACUGUGAUCACGUUCGAUUAAACGUCACGAGAUUUUUUUCCCCCACCCCUCCCUCUGAAGUAUCCUCAACAGUGACUCAAAAGCCAAAGAACCAAUCACCUGAACAUAUGGAUGUUGUUGCACACAGAGCACUUUCCCCCCCUCUGUCUGCAGCCAGUGGUGCCUCUCGUACUGCUGAGGGCAUGAAGUCUGUCCGUGCAGGCGCUCACUUAACAGUCCUCAUCAACACCCACUAUACUUGGCUUAGCCUUUUUGCUCUCAUAAACUCUUAGUAGGAAUCAAGUUCAGCUCUACUGGUAACGCUGCAUGCAAUCACUAUAGUGGGCUUAUAAUUCUAUAUGGGAGUCCCCCAAAAUCCGCAAGAAAAAUAUGCUACAAAAGAUAGGUGCAUGUCAAACAACAACAACAAAAAAAAACAUUUAACUUUUAUUUACUAUGCAAAGAGAGAUAUUGCACAAAAGUAUGGGUAAUAGUGAUAUCAAUAUAGACAUGGAAUUACAAAAAAAAAAAAACAACAACCUGCUAAUCAGCUAAUCUUUUGUAUUUGGCCACUCCCACCUCUCCUUUCAUUUCGCUUCAACGUACUCAAACUGUGGAUGGACAAAUAAAUAAAAAAAAAGAAGAAGAAGUGAAUUAAUAUUUCCAGUGAAAAGCGAGAGAGCACCCUUUUACAUUUGUGGAACUGAAAAAAAAAAAAAAUCAUUUUUGUGUGUUUUUCAUCCGAUCUGAUAUUUUUAAUCACACACAAACGCACACACACACACAAACACACACACUGUAUGGUGCCUGUACAUAUUGAGGCCUGAACAGUUUCCUUGUGCAGGGCUAUCAUUUCCAGUCCAGCUGAUAGUUGGUGUGUUCCAGGUGCUGCCAUAGCACUGGCAUCGUUGUAAUCCUCCAUGUUACUCAUCGUCUGGUGUCCCUCUCUCACUGCAUCAUGUACAGUUGGACCGAUUAAUAAACUACUGACAAAUUUUA